AUCCAAGACCACAUACCAAGUCUAGUUAUUUCAUUUUCCUAGCCGUUACCUUUUAUGUGUAAAAUAUGCUUUAAUUUAUGUUAAGACUGUAACACUUUAGAAAGAAGAGGGAAAUCACAAUUUUGCCAGCUGACAUAUUAAGGAUUUUUUUUUUUAAACCUGAGAUGGGGACUCAUUAAAUUCUGAAAUCCUUAAACACUCUUGAGAUUUUACUGUAUAAUUCAUUUCAAUUGUAGAAGAAAUUUCUGGUUUUAUUUUCCUUACACAAACCCCAUUUUACUGUUUUUUUUUUAAGUAUGACAGUUAAAAAUUGCAGGAUCAUGGGAAAUCCUAGAAAUGCUAAUUUAUUACUAUGUUAUAAAAAUGCAACUGUUGGAAGUUUUAACCUCAUUUUAAUUUGUGUAUAUGAAAACACUGUCAUUUCAGGUUACGAUUGUGUGUGUGUGUAUAGUUAAUCUCAUCUAAUCCUAAAAAGUAAUCAAACAAGCCUGCAUCACCUCCCGUUACGGGUGAGGCACCGCGGGUUCACCUCCCUUUGGUUUACUGCAUGGUAUGUGGUGGAGCACUUAGUGAGGACCAACCCCUGUUCUGUGCGUUAUAGUGCAAGACUGAGCCACAUUUUACUUUGACAGCAGUGACUCUGGACCUAGGUCAUUUUGACUAAAAAUCCCUGCUGUCUAUAGAAUGGGCAGUAAUAACUGUGUCAUGAAGUUCAGAGAAUGAGUGGGAAAAUUGUACCCUUAAAGGAGCAUCACCACGUGAAGCUAAGAGUGCUCAGCUGUCUGCACACCUUGCCGGAGUUGUGAACUUGACCACGCCUUCCCAUCAGUGGGCUGUUUUCUUUAUACCUAACCAUGCAGCGGAGAUCACGGGGGAUUAAUGCUGGGCUUAUUCUUCUCUGUUCUCAAAUAUUCCGUGUUGGACUCAACAAUAUUCCACCUGUCACCCUCGCCACCUUGGGUCUCAACGUCUGGUUUUUCUUGAACCCCCUGAAGCCUCUGUACAGCUCCUGCAUCAGUGUGGAGAGCUGUUACCAGCAGAAGGACUGGCAGCGCUUGCUGCUUUCUCCCCUUCACCAUGCCGACGACUGGCAUUUGUAUUUCAAUAUGGUGUCCAUGCUCUUUAAAGGAUUCAAUCUGGAAAGAAGACUGGGAAGUAAAUGGUUUGCCUACAUCAUCGCCACAUUUUCUGUACUCACAGGAGUGGUGUAUAUGCUGUUGCAGUUUGUUUUUGCUGAAUUAAUGAACGAACCUGACCUCAGAAGGAACUGUGCUGUAGGCUUCUCAGGAGUUUUGUUUGCUCUGAAAGUUCUUCACAACCACUAUUUCCCUGGAGGCUUUGUCAUGGUGUUAGGCUUCCCGGUCCCGAACAGAUUUGCCUGUUGGGCAGAACUUGUGGCUAUUCAUUUCUUCACACCAGGGUCCUCCUUCACUGGGCACCUGGCUGGGAUUCUUGUCGGACUGAUGUACACCGAAGGGCCACUGAAGAAGGUGAUGAAGGCAUGUGCAGGCAUGUUUUCCUCCAGCGGUGGUUACCCGGGACAGCACUACUACUUUAACAAUUCAGGCUACUCUGGGUACCAGGACCAUUCUCCGUACUCCAGGCCCGGCUCCCAUGAACGAGCACCCAACAACUACGACAUGUACACAGCUGGACUGAGCGAAGAGGAGCAGCUGGAGAGAGCCUUAAGGGCCAGCCUCUGGGACCGAGGAAACAACAGAAAUGGCCCUCCACCCUACGGGUUCCGUCUCUCACCGGAAGAAGAAAUGCGGAGACAGCGGCUUCACAGAUUUGACAAUCAGUGACGUGGCCUGCCACCUUCGGAGGACGUGAUCUAACUGGGGAAUUACCGCCCAUUUGGCUCCUUCCUCAAGCCCAGAAUAAUUUUCAGGUCAAAGCAGAAUGCUCCCCAUGGAGUGCUCACGUGUGCCUGGGGCCCUCAGCCCUCCGACUCCUGCAGGUGCCACUCCGACAUGUAUGGACUCCAGGCUUCUGGAAGGUAGCACUCAGCUCUCCAGAAGUGACCCUUCUCCUGGCCUUGUUCUCUGUGACAAAGCAAAUGUCCUUUCCAUGGGGCAGGCACCAUAUUCCAUGUCUCCUUCCUCUGACUGCUGCACCUGCCUUGUUUUGCUCUUGGAAGCUCAGACUUUGCCAGGAAGUUUUGUUUGCUGGUUGAAAGCAUCAGUCCCUUAUUCUACCUGUUGUCUUUGGGUUUCACUGAGUAGGAGGCAACAAGUCAUCCCUUUAUGCUCCAUGAACAUUGCCGUGGGGAUGAUCCAGGCCCCGGGUGGCAGCCACCUUUGCACUUCUCCCAUACCUCAGUAGGCACGCAGGCUCCUCAGGCCCUGCAUCCAUAUGGCAUCUCUGGGUAUUUGUGGUGCGCUUACUAGCCCACCUUUGAGGAAUGCUUGACUGAAAAUGUGGCAGACGGACCUCAGGAGGGGAAGACACCUGACAUUCCAUCACUGACAAGUAUCACCAGCAUCGUGGACUCCCAGCCAUCACUCCAGUGGCAACAGUGUACCCAGACACACCAUGGGACUACUCAGUGAGCAACAGCAAGAGCCAUACAAAAGAAAGGCAAGGGUCUUCAGUGCCUUGGUCACUCAAAAUCCUUGCAAGAAGCUUACUUCCUCAAAAAAGUGCCUCUACACUGGCCGCUGUACUAGCUGCUUGUGUUGGACAAAUAUAAGCUGUAGAUUAUCUAUCUGACUCAUUUAAGGCAUUUUCUGGUGCUUGUAUUUUUUUUAAUAAAACAUCAAAGGCAAAAAAUCACUGAUAUAUUUAUGGUCAAAUGAUCAUGGAGAUUUUAUUGUUAUGGGGAGUUAGGUAUAGUUUUCCAGUUUUAUCUUG